AUGAGUCUUUGUGUCCCCCACCUCCUCCCCCAGGUGUGGAUCCCGUGUCCUCAGUGCCGGCAGAAUACGCCGCGGCCGCGGGGGGGCGCUGCGGGGCUGGACCUGGACCUGGUCUCCUUCCUGGGGGUGAAGCAAAGCACCAGAGGGGGGCCGCCGGCCACCAGCGCUGCCCAGCAGGGGAAGCUCUGGCUGGGGGAGGACGACCCCGGAGACCCCUGGGCACACGGAGGGCUGGCCCAGCCACGCUUCCAUCGCUACGGAAACUGCUGCCCGCCCGCCUAUUGGCUCUGCUGCUGGUUCUGCUGCAGGGGGCGGGGCUAGGACCGACCAAUGAGCUCAUUCUGUAAAUGAAAUGUAGCAUGUUACUGAGGUGAGACAGGCAGACAGGUAGACAGACAGAGAGACAGGCAGGAAGGUAGACAGACAGGUAGACAGGCAGUGAGACAGGCAGACAGGUAGACAGGCAGUGAGACAGGCAGACAGGCAGACAGGCAGUGAGACAGGCAGACAGGUAGACAGACAGACAGACAGGUAGACAGGCAGAGAGACAGGCAGACAG